GUCUUUUAAUCAAGAGCUUGAAGGGGGACUGCAAAGCUAUUCUAGUCUUAUAAACCAUCCUUGCCGCCGAUUCACUCUCCUCACAUUGAGAUAGUCCUCACCCUUCUCGAGUUCCCUACGCUCUCAUCUCGAACCAGACAAAAUGGCGGAGGACGACGAGAAUAUGAGCGACCAAGAGUUGAACAACGAAGACGCCGAGACUGAAUCGAAAAUCAUCAAUGAAGAAUACAAGACAUGGAAGAAGAACGCUCCUUUUCUAUAUGACAUGAUCCUCAGUACGGCCCUGGACUGGCCCACCCUAACCACUCAGUGGUUCCCAGAUGUGACAGCGGUUCCUGACACCAACUACUCCAAACACCGCCUCUUGAUAGGCACACAUACGGCUGAAGGUCAACCGAACUACCUACAAGUGGCCAGCGUCCAAUUACCCGAUCACAAGGAAGCCGACGUGGAGGAUUACAAUGAAGAGACAGGAGAAAUUGGUGGGUAUGGCGGAGGCCCAUCGGGCAGAAAUCAAAUUGAAGUCAAGUUCAAUAUUGUCCAGAAAAUUGACCAUCCUGGGGAGGUCAACAAGGCACGAUAUCAGCCACAGAAUCCGAAUGUCAUCGCGACCAUGUGCACCGAUGGGCGAGUCAUGAUAUGGGACAGGUCGAAACUCCCUGGCCUGCCUUCAGGAAGGCCUAAUCCUACAAUAGAGCUUAGUGGGCACACCAAGGAAGGCUACGGUCUCAGUUGGGAUCCUCACCAGUCGGGCCAAUUGGCCACAGCCAGCGAAGACCAUACAGUCCGACUGUGGGACAUCACGCAGGCAUCGAAAACCAACAAGUUGCUCCACGAGUCUCGCCGAUACACACACCACAGCUCGAUAGUGAAUGACGUACAAUUUCAUCCCAUCCUCCCAAAUCUGCUGGGAACUGUAUCGGACGAUAUCACCAUGCAGCUUCUGGAUCUGAGACAGCCUAACACUGAGCGAGCUGCCGCUAAGUGUGAGAGGCAGCAUCGGGAUGCGGUCAACGCCCUUGCGUUCAACCUUUCAAUAGAGACUUUGGUUGCGACUGGAAGUGCCGACAAGACGAUUGCCAUCUGGGACCUGCGGAAGCUCACGGACAAGUUGCACGUUCUCGAAGGGCACAAUGACAGUGUGACGACACUAGAAUGGCAUCCAUUUGAAGAGUCGGUUCUCGCAUCCAGCAGUUACGAUCGAAGGAUAAUUUGUUGGGAUUUGGAAAAAGUCGGCGAUGAGCAGGCCCCUGAAGACAGUGAAGACGGUUCCCCAGAGCUUCUUUUCAUGCACGGAGGACAUACCAACCGGAUCAGCGAUUUCUCAUGGAACAAAAACAUCCCAUGGGUGGUUUGCAGUGCAGCGGAUGACAAUCUGAUCCAGGUGUGGAAGCCGUCAGAGGCGAUUGUUUGUCCUGAUGAAGAAGAUGUCGCAAUGAAUGAGCUGGAAGGCUGAGUGGAAAUAGUAAAGAGUGAUGAGGGGUCUGGCUUGGGUCCUCUGGUCUGAAAUCGAGGCUUAUCGUGCACAGACGCUGGUUUGAACUAAACCUGGGCCUCUUUUGGUGUGCCAUACCGUCCUUUGCCUUGAGCAUGGUUUGGUGCCAGCGCAGUCUGUCUUUGCAAUAUGGGCAUGGUCGAGACCUCCGAGGCUACUGAGAGUAUGACACAAGAGCUAUGGGUUGCCUUUGCUGAGCCAGUUCCGACGAAACCAGCACCACGAGGCGCGGUUCAGCUAGUAAAAGCAAAGGAAGGGAAAUGUUCAGUUGGUUUCUCGCGGUGUAUGGCGUAUCUGGUACAUGCCCAUACCUACCUAUGCAGUUGGUGUGUGGCUGCGGCAGCGGGAUUGUCCGUGCAGGCGCAUAGCGAGGGGGCAAAGGGCGGCAGCGGGCAUUGGCCAGUACUCGUAACUGCAGGUGUGCAAUUGUGGGCUUCUGGACUUGUGGGCUCCUCAGUUAAAGCUGCGCCACGAUGGGCGCCUGGAACCGCUUAUCCAAAACGCUUAGUACUGGCGUUCCUGCUCCCUGGACUCCUUGAGCUGCUGGGCUGCUGGGCUGCUGGGCUUCUCUGCCACACUUGGUGCUGGGCUUGUCGUCAUAGCUGAUCGACUCUCCUUCGUUGUCCUCAAUGCCCUGCACUCCCUGGGCCGUGGAGCCGUUUCCCGUGGUUCGUGGUAUUGCUGUCGGCAGCCACUCAAUGUGACUGCUCGGCCCUCUUAUUAUAUACCGCAUGCGCCC